UGCCAUGUCAAAUUCUAUAUGUCAAGUAAUCAACAAAUCAAAUUUGUUGUAUUUAUAAACAAGUUUUCGAAAUUAUGUAGGUAUGGUUCGAAAGUUAUGAAAUUUGAUAAAACACAAGGAAAUCAUGGCUCAAAGUUCUACAAGCGGUACUGCACCUAGACGUCAUCUCAGGGAAAAUGAUUCUGUUUCCAUUAGUUCUAGGGUGGCAGAUAUUGCUGAGUGGGAGGCAAAUGAGGCUCUACGGCAGCGAGAGCUUGAAGAAGCUCGAGGCAGAGCCGCACAAAUGGAAAAAACCAUGAGAUGGUGGUCAGAUUGCACAGCCAACUGGAGAGAAAAAUGGAGUAAAGUUCGUAAUGAAAGGAACAAAGCUAGGGAAGAAUGCAAGCAGCUUAGAACGAAGCUAGACUCGGUUCUGAAAGAAACUUCUUCCAGUAAAAAGAAGAAAGAAGAGUUGGAAAUUCAGAAUGAACAUUUGAAAAAAGAAAUAGAGAAAAUUCACCUCAUACUACUCAAGCAUGCCGGACAAUUCGAUAGUCAGCUAUUUGAAGCUUUAAGUGAAGAUCCGCUGAAAGAUUUCGUUUUCAAUAGUUCCUCACCGGUGAAGCUUGAGAAUGGUGUUUAUUGCACGGAAAAUCAGGAUAGUGAUACAUUGAGUACAAUUUCGAAGGAGAUAUCCAUAGAUGACUAUAUUCUAAAAGGAGCUGUACCUAAAUAUGUUAGUGACCUGAAGGGAGAUACUUCAGACAAAAAUGCUGAAGUUGCUCAGUCAGAAGUAGAAUCUAAGGAUAGUUGUGAUGAGGAGUAUGUCAUGCAGAAGUUGUCAAUGCUGCAGCUCAGACUAGACGAGACAACAAAAACAUUACAAAUAGAAAGAGAUGAAAAAACCCAACUACAUCAUACAAUAGAUGACUUGAAAUCUGAAUUGCUAGAAAUGAAAACUAAAUGCGACGAACUGCGGGAACUACGUCAAGAUUCGGCAAGGGAACUGCUUAGCCUUCAGGAUCAGCAUCAGGAAGAGGUGCGACUAUUGAAAGCCGAUCUGCAGGAUGAAGCAAAUUCAAGGGAAGGGUUGGAAAGGAGAAUCAACGAUCUGAGAGCUGAGUUGGAAAGACUGCAGGCUGAAAACGCAGCUGAGUGGGGUAAGAAAGAACGUCUUGAAACUGAGAAAUUAGCUUUGGAGAGGGAUAAUAAAAAAUUAAGAACAGAAUUGCGAGACAUGCAAGAGAGAAUGGAGAGAAGGGGGCGACCGUGGCAAACUUCUGAUGAAGAUGUGCGACAUUUACAGCAAGAAUUAUUGGAUAAAAAUAAGGAAAUCGCCGAACUCAGGCAUUCUCAGAGUAAAAUGAAGAAAAUGGUACAAGAUAAAAUUGGCGAACUGGCCCACGCGUCUCGGAGGGCCGAACAGUACGAGGCGGAAGUGAAAAAACUCAGGACGAGGGUGGAAGAACUAAAGAAAGAUCUGGCGGUGGCAGAAGACGAGUUAGAUACGGCCAGCAACAAUGUUAAGAGACUGCAGAGAACGAACGACGAGUUGCAGGAGCAGGUCGAUAAUUUCCAGAUUCAAUUACAGCAUCUUCACAGCAGUAUGGAAAAGGAAGAUGGUGGCGAAGAAAUGGCUUUGUAUGUAGAAGAAUCGGAGGUUACGUAAUUCAGCUCCCACAACUUUACUAUCUCAUCGAGGAGUUCUCUCCAACGAGGAAGGAAGUGAUGAUGAUUUACCAAGUAUUCAUUAUUAGUUUAAUGAACCCAUUCUGAGUACGAAUCUUAGAAUAUUUAUACAGUGUAUUGUGACGGGAAAUUCUGCCAAUAGUCUCACAUAAAAAUUUAUUUAUUUAUUUAUGAAAAUGUACAUAAUAAACGACUCACAUACUAAUAAA